AUGGCUCUAAGUGGUGAUGUGGACUCCUUCCUCCUCAGUGGACUGAGCCCUAACACGGAGUAUGAAGUGAUGCUCCAAGCCGUCUUCAAAGACCAAUCAGAGAGUGAUGCGGUGUUAGUGGUGGAGACGACACUUGCCAGGACAACAACGGUUGCCACUACAACGCCAGUGAUGCGUCAGGCGGUGAGAGGCCUGCAGGUCCAGGAGGAGACCACCUACAGCCUGGAGGUGUCAUGGCAGCUGGAGGAUCCUAAGGUGGACCAGUACAGAGUCACCUACGUCAGCCUCACAGGAGACCGCAACGAGGAGUCAGUCCUAGUGCCUGGACAGCAGACCACAGUCCUUCUCCAGCCUCUGCUGUCUGACACAGAGCACAAGGUGACGGUCACCCCAGUCUACACAGAUGGACAGGACGGCAUCAGUGUUUCUUCUGUGGGCAGAACAUUGCCCCUCUCGGCGCCUAGCAACCUGAGGGUGUCUGAGGAGUGGUUCAGUCGCUUCCGCAUCACCUGGGACACGCCUCCUUCUCCCACCUUGGGCUUCAGGGUAGUCUACCAACCCACCUCUGUGCCGGGGUCAGCUCUGGAGACCUUUGUGGGAGACGACGUCAACACCAUGCUGAUCCUGAACCUGCAGAGUGACACUGAGUACACUGUGAAGGUCAUCUCUUCCUACACCACGGGAUCCAGCCAGCCUCUCCAGGGCACCGCCAAGACAUUGUACCUGGGUGUGACCAACCUGAACACCUACCAGGUGAUGAUGUCCAGCAUGUGUGUCCAGUGGCAGCCCCAUCGUCAGGCUGACCUCUACAGGGUGGUCAUCGAGUCUCUGCUCA